AUGAUGAAACGGAUGCUUUCGGUUUUUUUUAAAAUCUUCUGCAUAAUUCUUCUUUAUGCACAAAGUGUAUCAACAAAAUCAAAGAUACAAAAAUGUGAUGACAGCAUAACGGAAACGGAAUUUGGGAUAGCCUAUUGGAAAUACAAGGGAGUUCGUUAUACAACCUCAGAGGAUGUUCUGUGCUGGAAAGAAAAUGGGAAGCUCUUUGUUCGUGAAUGCAAUACUGAUACUGGUGAAUGGAUGCCAGCUUCUGUAGAUUGUGCCAUCCAGAAAUUUCGAAAUAGAUAUUGCCCCGAAGAUCUUUUGGAAGUGCCAAUGGAUGAGAAAAAUCCGCUUUGCAUACAAAUUUCACAGAAACCACAACCAUUCGAUGAAUCUUUCUGCUAUGGCUCAGAUACAAUUGCAUUGGAGGAGUCCAUUAAUUUAAUGGCAUAUCUGAGCAAGAGAAAUAUAAGAGAAUAUUGGUUGCCAAUACGACGAGAAAAUGCCACAAUGCCAUUCACUAUACGUUUGCCGGGAAAACAGUGGCAACAAGUUGUUGACGAGAAUAUGUUUUUGGAAGAUUUUAUAUCUAAUAGAAAUUGCUUAUCUCUAAGAUACACAAACUCGAGCAGAAGCAACAAGAGAAAAAGGCAAAAAUCAGACAAUGAGUUUAUUUUGGAAAUGAGUCACUGCGAAAGACCCAUGCACAUGGUUUGUCUAUACAAGGAACCCAUUUUGGAUAACCAAGUUUGCCCCGAAGGAUUCGGAGCCUUAAGCUAUAGACCCAAUGAAUGCUAUGGCAUAAAUCUGAAAGACAAAUCACCAAGCACAAAGUAUUCAAAUGUACCGAUCGAUGAAUAUUAUGAAAAACGCAAUAGCAUUGCAUUUAUACUGUCAAAAUCAAUACCAAAGGAUGAGAAGGAGAAAUUCUUUGAAAUUGAUAGUUUUGUGGAUCAAUCCAAAGAUAAAUAUCUCGUGCUAAUGAAUAAAAAACAAAGGGUAGAGGUAGCAGUGGAUUCUCAACGUCAUCCAAUUUUAUCAAAGACCUCCAUACCGAUGAAUGAAGUGAAAAUGAUAUUGAAAAUUGACGGGGAUCACGAGGAUCUAAUGCUAGUGAUAUACAAUCUUAAUUAUAUUUGGCAUCUAGAGGACGACAAGGAAUUUGGCAUUAAAUGUUUCACAAAUGCCGACUAUGAGCUUCUGAGACCCACUAAAAUUGAUUUGGUUUGGAAAAAUGAUGAUAUUGCCAAGACGAUAUUUAAAGUGAAACUAAUAGGAGAUGGUCCCGGAGAGUAUUGGUGUGAGGCGCAUACGGUAUUUAAUUUUCAAAUGGUAACUUCUCCACGUGUGGUGGCUACCAAAGAUAAUCGAGGACACGCUUUUGCGGCUCGCAUGCAAGUAUCCUGCAUAGAUAAUGGCAAAAAUCUUUGUACAGAUAUUGACAAAAACGCCAAGAGAAUUGCCAAGAAUCUAAGGCAACAUUUGCGUAAGCUAAUUAGAGAAGAUCUAAGCGAUCUUAUUGUCCAUAAUGUUCGCCUGAUGAAUAUUGAGCAAAUUCUCAACUCGACGAUUAUUUCCUGGGUCCAUGUGACAGCAUCGUUGAAAAAUUCAGCCAUAGAUAAUAGUGAAGAGGAGAGCAGUGAAGAAGAUAAUAGUUCAGAGGACGAUAAUCGUGUUAGACACGACACUUCGGUGCGAAUGAAAGUGUUAAAAUUACUGGAAAAACUGAUUUUUGAGCACAGUGGUUCAAUGGCUAUUGUUCGGAGUACUGAAUACUGUUUCCCAACAGCAGUCGAUGACGAAUCGAAAAAUCUAUGGAUGCAAGCAGUUAGGGGACAGUCAGCUACCACCCAGCAAUUAUGUCUUCAGGAGAGUGGAUUGCCAUUUACCAGAUUGUGUCAAGGUGACUUUAUACAUGGAGCUUCUUGGGCGCCAAUAAAAGAUAUUGAGUGCCAACAAGAGAGCACCAAGAUCACACAAAGUUUAUACAGUUUGGAAACAUCGAAAUUAGUUAAAGUUUCACCAGAGAAAAUUGUGCAAAAGGCAAGAACGAUUAUUGAGGAAAACAAAAAGGAUCUUGUUGCGGCCGAUAUACAUUUCACAUCGAAUAUUAUGCAGGCUUCGGUGAAAAGUCUUAUGGAUUUGAAUUUUAUACCCAAGAAUGCUAUUCCAGAGGAACUAUUGAAGAAAACUGCCAUAUGGAAGAAUGCGACACGUGAUUUUAUGGCCAUAUAUAAUUAUCUGAUUGAUGUGAAAGAGGAUAUUAUCAAAAUGUCAGCUAAACUGAAUUCAACUAAUAAAUUAUUGGAGGCAUUUGAAAAUGCCAUGGAUACAUUCUCAUCGAUGCCAGCUGUAAAUGAAACGCUCACAGAUGACGAUUCAGAUGAGAAAAUCAAUCCAUUUUUUGAAGUUUAUGAUUACGAUGAUAUUGGAGUUUCAGUGAAAGUUUCACAAAAUCUUUUAUACUUUCGUAUAGAUCCAUCGGUUGCCAAUAUUUCAGGAGUAGCUCUAUUCCGUAAUAUUAAUGCAAGUGUCGAUUCACAGAUCUUAACUGGAGCAUUCAAGAACGAAUAUUAUCAAUUUUUGCAAGCUGAUCACACACUUGAGGAUUUCAUAAAUGAACCAAAUUUACAACUUGGAACAUAUGUGCCAUCAAAUCUAUUGAAUCGAUUGAAUAUAUUUCACGCUGCCACAAAUAAUACUUAUGCCUCACCCAAUCCAAUUGUGGUUAUCAAAAUCUACUCCAAUGACAAACUCUUCAAGGAACUUGAUGGAAAUUCACAAAUGGUUCCGGGACGUAUUGUAUCUAUAUCCAUACCCGGUAAUACCGAUUUACCAGAAGAUUUACCACUUGUAUUGCGUAGAUUUAGCAAUACCCCCCUCAAUGAUUCGGCGGAAUUUUGCAAUUAUUGGAACUAUAAAGGUUGGGCUUCCGAUGGCAUCACAAUCUCUGGAUCGAACGAAGAUGUUGUAAUCUGUCAAUUGACCCAUUUGACACCUUUUGCAUAUCUGGUGGGCUAUAAUUUCACUGUGGAUGAUAACAUUGAAGUGAAUAUAAAGGAGAUACAUGAGCAGGCCUUGGAUAUUAUCACAGUAACAGGUUGCUCGUUAUCACUAAUGGGCAUAUGUGGAAUAUUUAUAACAGCUGCCGCUUUCCAUAACUGGCGCCAAAAGGCAUCAUCGAAGGUAUUGUUACAAUUGUCGGCGGCCAUUGCCUUGCAGAUGAUUAUCCUGUGCUUUGUGAACACUGAGAAGUUGUCAUUGCAUUUAAUAAUCAAUGAGAUAGUGCCCAGUUGUGUGGCAAUUGGGGCAUUCCUACACUACUCAGUGCUGGUGCAGUUCUUCUGGAUGAUGCUUAUCGCCUACUUGCAGUUCAAACGAUAUGUCCAGGUCUUUGGACAAUCUCGACCAAAACGUUUUCUAUUAAAAUCUGCUGCCAUUUGUUGGGGACUGCCACUUAUUCCUGUGCUCUUGGUCGUUAUACUGGAUCGUGACUCGUUUAGCAAGGGCGGCAUUUGUUAUCCAUCGGGAUAUGCCUUGUAUUUUGGCAUUAUACUUCCCAUCACUGCCAUUAUUAUUGCGAAUUUUGUUAUCUUCUGUCUAAUUAUAUAUAACAUUUUACGUGGACCAGCCACACCGAUUCGACAUACAGAGAAGCCAAUAUUAAUAUCGCAAAUUCGUCUUUCGAUCUUAUUGUUUUUCCUCCUUGGAUUCACUUGGUGUUUCGGAUUGCUAUCGGCCAUGAGAGCUGGAAUUGUAUUCUCAUACUUAUUUUGCCUUACAGCCACUCUACAAGGAUUCGUUAUAUUUAUAUAUUUCAUUAUCCUGGAUCCGGUUACGCGUCGAAUGUGGGGCGAUGUGUUUGUCCGAAUAUUCGGAAAUAAGAAGACGCACAAUGAGAGUAUGGAUAGUUUUAAGGAUACAACACAAACCUAUUAAUGUAAAACUAUAAUUAUCCAAUCUAAAAAAAACUAACAAUAGUCCUAAUUAAUAUAGCUGUAUCUAGAGACAAGUUUUGAAUGUGCAAUAAAAAUUUAAUAUCUAA